AUGGCCGCCUGCGUGGUGGUCGCAAGAAGCAUCUGCGUGAUGUUUCGCUGUCAUCUGCGGGAUGACAGAAGUCGGGGUGGCACCUGCGCGGUGUCACGGCCGCCUGCGUGGUGGUCUCAAGAAGAUAUGAUUCCACCUGCGCGGUGGUUUCCACGACGCACCUGCGCGGUGCGUCAUGCACACCCGUGCAUGGUUGCCGCGGCGUCUCCCUUUUCGCCGAUCAUGCCUGCGCGGCAAGAAUCCUCUCCAGAGGAAGACGUGUCUGCGGAUACGUCGCCUGCCAAGGAGGAUCCGAGGAAAAAGGAGAGAGAACACCACAAAGAGAAAAAGGCGAAAUUGGUUCCGAAACAGAAAUCUCGCAGUGAAGCAGACGAGCGCGACCGUGAUCGCACACGGGACCGCCGUCGUCGCCGCUCCCAUAGGUCAAGGUCCCGCAGGUCUACUGGCAAGCACUCUCCCACGCGCCGGUCGAAGGCCGAGCCGGCGGAAGAACCAGAUCGUGGGAGAGAACGUCCUGUGAGUCCACCUGGAAAGCCUGCGGGGCCAUCCCAGAGUGAAGCAAAGCAGGAUCUACAAGUGCAGGGUGCAAAAGGAAAGGGUAAGAACAAGAAAGGCCGCUCCGAGCGGCAAACCUGCAAGAUCUGCAAGACCCAAGUGUCUGGCAACGCGUCCGCUUUGGACCAACACCAAUGGCUGAACGCGUAUUGUCUGGCCGUGCAAGCCUGGGAGAAAUUCACUCCGUAUCAGAAAGAACAAGCGGGAGCAUGGGAGAAGGCCAGACAAAUCGGUGCAGAUGUAAAGUCCCGUCGUGACAGAGGGGAGGCAUGGCAGGUGUCUGCGGGACAACUGAGCGCUCCUGCGAGGAGUGCAGUGCCGGACCGUGGCAUCAGUGUGGCAUCGUCCGUUCGCGGGCCUCCGGAAGUCUUGGAGCAGGAUUGCCAAGCACAGGGCUCCGAGAAGAAGCGCUCUGAGAAGAAGUCUCGCAAGGACAAGGGACGUCGCAGAGAUGUCUCCUCCUCGAGCACCAGCGCAGGCCGACGCAAGAGUCGGCGUCACAAUGUGACCAUCAACUUUCGUUGA